UGAUGGAGAGUAUCCAUUGCUCUGUAGUUUGCCUACAAGAGCAAGACGAUCGCUUAAAUUUUGCGCAGAGAAAGAAUGCGACUCUUCGCCAUGAGACUUGUAAGCAGGCGGCUAGUCAAUAUGUCGUCCGUUCAUUGCGCUCAAACAUCGGCCUGUGUUUUGCAAACUUGGAAUUCUCGAUACACCGCUGGAAGAGAUCAUUCAUAUAGGUCGUCUUCCUUGAUGUAUCUUGCUGUUCGUCUGAAAGAUUUCCAACUCAAAGUCGCAAUUGCAGAUAGUACCAGGGCUUUCCUACGAAACUGGGAGCAUGAAACGGACGUUGUCUGGGUCACGCGUUCAGCAAGACGUUAAUGCGUCGAAACUCCCCUAUCAUGAGAUUAAAUCACCGUUCAAAAUUGAGGAUCUUUCAAUCCCUCCCGAAGCUCAGAAACAUGUCGAAUAUCUGAGCCGGUUUCCUCUCAGCCAGGUAUGCCAGUGGGUCGAAAUUUGGCAGAGAUCCGAAGCCCAAGGUAAUAGCAGAAGAGAUCUAGAGGACUACUGUUUUCACAACAAGUUCAACGAUUUUUCAGAAGCCAAGCCAGAAAUUGCGGCCAUGGAGAUUGAAAGAGUUCCUAUCCAGUCUGAACGACUGAAUGUUACUUUUCCUCUUCCGACAGUUGGCGAACCAUUGGGCAAACAUGCGCGUAGGAUUUACCCAUGUUCUUUUUGCGACAAGACUUUUAGUAGGAAGGGGGGUUGGAAGAAACAUGAGGGGAGUUUUCAUCAACCGCAAAAGCAGUGGUCUUGUUGAGAAUCAGGUUGCAACCGCACCUUCACGGCCAGGGAUAAAUUUCGAAAGCAUCAUAAAGGCGGCCAUGGAUGCGAACACUGCAAACACGAUACAGAUGCCACAGUCAUGUCCAUAACUAAAAG